AAUUACUUUAGAUUUUUCGUUUCUCUUUGAGUUCUUCAAUCAAAGUAAUGAAAGAAGUAGUUUAUGUUCUGCUACUUGUUCUUCUUGUUUCGGUUUCAGAUGCAAAUGAAACGAAACCAAAUAUUGAAAACUUCCUCCGAUGCCUUCGUAAUCGGACCAAUCCGAAGAAUCCGAUCGCCGAAGCCAUCUAUACUCAUGAGAACUCCACCUUCGCGUCUUCUUACGUGUCCUACACGAAUAACAAACGGUGUUUAAACCCUAACGACACAAAACUAAUCGCCAUUGUUGCUGCAAAACAUGAAUCUCAUGUUCAAGCAACUGUGGUUUGCGCAAAGUCAAACGGAAUCCAGAUCCGUAUCCGAAGCGGCGGUCACGACUACGAGGGACUUUCUUUCACCUCCUCCGUUCCGUUUGUUAUCCUUGACAUGCACGAUCUCCGGUCUAUAACCAUUGACGUGUUCAGAAAGCAAGCUUGGGUUGAUGCUGGUGCGACCAUGGGAGAGCUCUACACCAAGAUCGCAGCGGCUAGCAAAACCCUAGCAUUUGCGGGUGGCGUUUGCCCUACAUUAGGAGCUGGAGGACACAUCAGUGGCGGAGGAUACGGAAAUCUGAUAAGAAAGUACGGAAUCUCGGUCGAUCAUGUGGUUGAUGCUCGAAUAGUUGAUGUCAACGGCAAUAUCUUGACAGGAGCUACCUUGGGACGUGAUCUAUUGUGGGCUAUUCGAGGCGGUGGGGGCGCUAGCUUUGGCGUUAUCCUCUCGUGGAAAAUCAACCUCGUCGAUGUUCCAAAGACCGUGACUGUUUUUAAGGUUAACAAAACCUUGGAGCAAGGAGUUACUGAUGUUCUCUACAAAUGGCAGCUUGUGUCGAGCAAAUUGCCUCAAGACCUUUUCUUGAGAGCAAUGCCUAAACCGGUAAAUGGCGUGGUACCUAGCGAGAAAACCAUCGCAGUUGUGUUCUACGCUCAGUUUUUAGGCUCAGCAAGGAGGCUCAUGGCGAUUAUGAACAAGAAUUUGCCUGAAUUAGGGCUAAAACGUGAAGAUUGCUACGAAAUGAGCUGGAUUAAUACGACAACGUUUUGGCAGAACUAUCCUGUGGGAACAUCGACAAGCGUUUUAUUGGAUAGACCAUCGGGUCCCGCAGGAGCAUUCUACAAGAGUAAAUCGGAUUACGUCAAGAAACCGAUCCCAAAGGAAGAAAUGGAGAAGAUCUGGAAAGCAAUGUUGAAGUUCAACAAUAUGUGGAUGCAAUGGAACCCUUACGGUGGAGUGAUGGACAAGAUUCCUGCUGAUGCCACCGCGUUUCCUCAUCGAAAAGGAAACUUGUUCAAGAUUCAGUACUUUGCGUUAUGGACAGACGCAAACGCCACAUACGCUAAUCUUGGUCUAAUGAGAGAUAUAUACCAUGAGAUGGAGCCGUACGUGUCAAGUAACCCUAGAGAGGCGUUCUUGAAUUACAGAGAUAUCGAUGUCGGAAGCAAUCCGAGUGGUGAGACCAAUCUUGAAGAAGCUAAGAUCUAUGGAUCGAAGUAUUUCUUGGGGAAUUUUAAGAGAUUGAUGGAAGUUAAAGCAAAGUAUGAUCCUGAGAAUUUCUUUAGAUUCGAACAAAGUAUUCCUCCUGCUAGUGCAAUGUAACUCUUCUGAAGGGUUUUUUGAAUGUUUAAUAAGUCAUAUGAGCAUUUAACCAAUAAAAUUAAAUUAAAG